AUGACAAAAGUUUUUUUAUUAAUGAUAUAUUUUGUAAUUUAUCCUUUGACAUUUCAACAGAAAUAUGAUUUAUUUCAAUCGUCGAUUUAUUUAACUCAAUUCGGUACUCGUUUUCAACCACAAGAUCUUAUUGAACUGUUAUAUACUUCGUCAAGUGUUUCAUCAUUAUUUCGAUGUUCAAUGUUAUGUAAUCAAAAUCGCCAAUGUCGUACAUUUGAUUAUGAUCAAUCAUCAUUAGUAUGUCGUUUAUUCGAAAGUGAAUAUUCAACAGGAACAAUUCUUACUAAUUCAAGUUCAUUGACAUCAAGAAUAGGUGUGAUACUUUAUAAUACAACAGCUACUUCACAAUUUUAUUCAGUUUAUAAUCAAACAUGUGAUCAAUGUAGUACUGGUAGUAAUCGAUAUCUUCAAUGUAUAAAUAAUACAUGUCAAUGUCCAUUAUAUACAUACUGGAAUGGUCAAAAGUGUUUAAAUCAAGUGUACGACGGAUCGAAUUGUUCUUCGACGUUAUCUUGUCGACAAGAUUUGAAUCUUACUUGUUAUACUCAAACAAAUACAUGUACUACAGUCUGUAACACAUUUGGAUUUCAACAACCACCUGUUCUUUAUAUAAAUGCGGGAGGUCCACAAUCAGUCAUUUCUGCUGAUUUCAAUAAAGAUGGACAUUGGGAUUUAGCAAUCACUAAUUAUGAUGGAAGUUCUAUCUCAAUACUCUUGGGUAUUGGUAAUGGAUCGUUUCAACAGCCUGCAGCGGUUUAUGGACCUGGUGGCGUUAAUCCCUUUUGGCUUGUUUCUGAAGACUUUAAUAAAGAUGGAAAUCUCGAUUUGGCUAUAUGUAACGAAGGAUCCAAUAAUAUCGCUAUUUUUUUGGGUUAUGGCAACGGAUCUUUUCAAAUGACUGCAACUCUUGGCAGCGGAGGAACACUUCCAUCGUCGAUUGUUGCUGCUGAUUUUAAUAAUGAUAACAAAACUGAUCUAGCUGUGACAAAUACAGGUUCGGAUUACAUCACCAUUUUUCUCGGUUAUGGUACUGGUGGAUUCCAAACACCCGGAACAUCUUAUGCAGCUUCUUCACAUCCUUCACUUCUGAUUAGUGGAGAUUUCAAUUCUGAUGGUAGGAUUGAUCUUGCUGUGGUAUGUCGAAAUAGCAAUCAACUACUCAUUUUUCUUGGCUUCGGUAAUGGAUCUUUCCAAAACAACGCAACGUACACGACAGGAAGUACUCCCUAUUCAGUUAGAGCGUCUGAUUUCACUGGCGACUCAAAACUUGAUCUAGCUGUUGCCAAUUUUGGUUCCAACUCGAUUAGUAUUUUUAUUGGCACUGGUACAGGUGAAUUUAUUGCGGCUAGUCCUGCAACAUAUGCUACAACUAGUUCUAGCCCUAUUGAUAUUGCUAUACAAGAUCUAAACGGAGAUUCAAAGAUGGAUCUAGCAGUAUGCAAUCAAGUGGGAAAUACGAUUACUGUUUUUUUAGGAAAUGGAAAUGGUACUUUUGGACAAGGGCAAGAUUAUUCAUCGUCGGGACAAAAACUUCAAUCAAUUAUUGCUCAAGAUUUUAACAAGGAUGGAAAAUACGAUUUGGCUGUGACCAAUCAGAAUAGUAACUCAUUAGCCAUUUUACUAACACAAUGUGUUUAA